GUAGUCUUACGUAGUAAAAAGUGAAAGUUGAAAGUGUUUCUACCAAGGAAUGUGUUAGACAUCUAGCUCAACCCUCUCAAGUGAUCAACAGUAAUUUGAAAAAUGACUUUAUUCAAUAACUGUAAUUUUAUAGGAAUGAACAAAUAUCCGAAGUCCUCUGAUGAUAUUGAGUAUGGGACUGCAGGGUUUCGAACCAAAGCGGAAGACUUGAAACAUGUAAUGUUCAGGAUGGGACUGUUGGCAGUCAUUAGGUCUCGGGUAAAGUCCGCAGCCAUUGGUGUGAUGAUAACGGCAUCUCACAACCCAGAGUCUGAUAACGGAGUGAAGUUGGUUGAUCCUCAUGGUGAGAUGCUGCAGCAGGAGUGGGAAGUUAUUGCGACUGAGCUUGCAAAUGCAGAAGACAGCCAACUUGAAACAAACCUGAAAAACAUUAUUAUUAAGUUUCAAAUUGAUAUGGAUAAGACUGCUUCAAUAUUUAUUGGCAGGGAUACAAGACCAAGCAGUAAGAGUCUGUCGGACAUAGUUGUUGAAGGGGUGGAGGCCUUAGGAGGGGUGGUAACAGAUUAUGGAGUUGUAACUACUCCUAUGUUGCAUUAUCUGGUUACAUGUCAUAACACUGGAGGUUCUUACGGCAGGCCUACACAUGAGGGCUACUUUGACAAACUUGCUGUUGCCUUCAAGGCUCUCAGAGCUGAGGGAUGCAGGAGAGGUAACUACAAGCCAGAACUGGAGUUUGACGGAGCCAAUGGUGUAGGAGCUCUCAAGAUGGCAGAGUUGUUGAGAUAUCUUAGUGACUGUCUGUACACCAACAUUCACAACAGUGACACAACCUCCAAGGGGAAACUCAACCAUCUGUGUGGAGCAGACCAUGUGAAGACAUCACAGACACCCCCUACUGGAGUACCUCUGAGAUCGUUUGCUAGAUGUGCCUCAGUAGAUGGAGAUGCUGACAGGCUAGUCUACUACUUCAUAGACGACAACAGUGCCUUCCACCUGCUUGAUGGAGACAGGAUCGCCAUCCUCAUUGCAGGCUACCUUAAGGAGCUGACAGAAGAGGCAGGACUCAACUUACAGAUAGGUCUGGUGCAGACAGCUUACGCCAAUGGCAGCUCUACUGAGUACAUCACUGAUAAGCUGAAACUGCAAGUGGCCUGUGUACCAACAGGAGUAAAACAUCUUCAUCACAAGGCACUGGAAUUUGAUAUAGGGGUGUACUUUGAAGCCAAUGGUCAUGGCACUGUAGUUUACAGUGAAAAUGCAAAGCAGAAAAUAAAAAAAGCCACCAAAGAUACCGGACUGAGUGACACAGCGGUGGCUGCUGCUGAGAAACUAGCCUACAUUGUAGACAUGACCAAUGAGACAGUGGGUGAUGCCUUAUCAGACCUACUGUUGGUGGAGACUGUUCUUCAUUCUCGAGGCUGGGACAUACAAGACUGGCUACACAUGUACACUGACCUGCCUUACAGACUGGUCAAAGUCAAAGUCAAGGAUCGCACUGUGAUCACUACCACUGAUGCUGCCAGGAGAUGUGUCACACCAGUCGGUCUGCAGGAAGAGAUAGACAAGUUCAUCUCUGACCACCCCAAGGGUCGCUCAUUUGUCAGACCCUCAGGGACAGAGGAUGUCGUGAGAGUGUACGCUGAGGCAGACACGUCUGAACAUGCUGAAGCACUGUCUCAGGCUGUGGCUGAGGCAGUCAAGAGACUAGCAGGUGGACUAUAGUCAUCUGUACAACACUUCAUAUCCAUGCAACAUUGCAGUAGAUGUGUGAUCACACUGUCUAAGCUAAAUUGUUCUGAAUUGCAAACAAAAUGCCUUUAUAUAGUACACUUGAAUGGCCUUGGCCUCCAAUCAAUCCAUAGAUGUAGGAAGAAAUCUAAUUUUACUUUCACAAAGCAAGUCAGCUGGAAAAGUAGGCCUACAUGAUCCUUUGGGUUUUCACUUGUUUUGAGAUGGUUUUUAGUUAACUUGAAAUUUGAUAAAACUUUCAGAACAAAAUAGUUACACGGCAUUGCUAAUGAGUUAAUUAUCAUCCAAAAAUAGUUUUUCAAAAACCAAAGUGAUUAUAAUUUAAAUAUCUGAUAUACUAAAAGAUUUAAAGUUGUCUUUGUUGUUUUGAAUUGAUUUCCAUGGAAGUUCAUCGAAGCCAUCGGCCAUCUUGGAUUUGCCCGCCAUAAGAGCAAUGUUUAUUUAGUUAUUUUUAAACAGCCGCUGAAGAGUUAUUUACCAUCUCAAAAUAUUUGUUCAGAUACCAAAGUGAUUGUAAUUUAAAUAUCCGGUAUACUGUGAGAUAAAAAAAAUUGUCUUUGUAUUUAUUUAUUUUUUUACGAGUUAGAACGUCUAGGCUCCAAGGACUCUUUAAGAGGGUUCUUCUACCUGGUCAAUUCAAUAUGGUGGCUAAACAUGCUAAUGAUUCUAAACAUGCCUCUACGGUACAAGCUCUCAACACUCUAAAACUAAUUACUUUCCAAUGAUUGUGUGCUUUUUGUGCUCUUAACAUAUCAGAGCUUGCUAUGGAUGGAGAUAAAGUAAUGUUUAACUAUUUUUCAGAAGCUAAAAUCACAUGUAAAAAAGACUAAUUAAUGGAUUUUCAAAAUGAUUUUGUAAAUACUUAAAGAAACAAUUACAAAGUUUAAGUUCAUCUAGGAUAUAGUUUGGAUCUUUGUGAGUAUUUUACAGUUUAUUUCAACUCGAUAAACACUUUAACAAUGCCACAAGGUUCUUUUUUGUAAGACCAUUUUUACAUGGUAACCAACCAGCGGGUGAAACCCUCUUAAUCACCCUAAAAGAUCACAUUGUCAAAACUGUGAUUGUGAAUGUUACAUUUCAUAGCAAAGACAAUUAAUUAAGACAUCAAUAAUUCCAUAGUAAAGACGAGCCUAGAUAUUUCUUUAGUGUUUUGUCAUUUUUGGUUAAAAGCCUGUAACUCUUGUUAGUUGUUAUUUUACAUUUUACUUUGGGGGCUUUAUGCUUUAUGUUGGUUGCAUUUAUAUUCACACUGCCAAUUUUUGUUACCAAUAAUUUUAUGUUUUGCAUUUGAUAUUGCAUUACUCAACAUCUAGACUUUUACAAAAUGUUAUUACCAUAAGAGAUAUUUAGUUAAUGUUGAUAAUUAAUUAGUUCUGUAAUAAUUAUUAUCUGUUAUUAUCUGGUAUCUAUUAUUAUCUGUAGUGUUAAAUGUUAGGUAAUGUUUUAUGGAUUUAUAUUCAAAAUUUAAAAUAUAGACUAUAGACAUUUUAUUAGAUAACUUUUUACCUACU